AUUUAGCUUAAAAAAUAUAUAAUUUUUCCUUUGCAAAUAUUUUUCUUUGCUCAAUUUAUGGAAGAAGCGUAAUCGAAUAUUUGUGAACAAGAAAAGAAGGUAUUUUUCAACCAAAAUAUAAAUAUUAUUCAUUUGGGGAAGAUGAAGAUGAAGUUGAAGGAGGCAUUGCAGUUUCCUCUGAUGUAAUCCACAUAAAAAGCUUCUGAAAAAACAACUCCAUGAUAUUUGUGAUUGAUAAAAUGGUAGAAUAAGUAGUGCUCAAGAAUUGUUACUUCAUAUAUUGGUCCAAAGAAACCUUGUUGGUUAUCUUAAGAGCAAUGUGAUUGAGGAAGCCAGCAAGUUGUUUGAUAUAAUGUCUGAAAGAUUUACAACAAAUGUGUACCUGUUUUCUUGAAUGAUCUGUAUGUGAGACUGAGCCUGAUAUGUAAUAUUUUACAUUUACCAACUUUCCUAGGGAGACGUUCUUUAUCGUGUGAACUUCAUAAUUCUUGAUAGAAGAAAGGCUAAUGGCACAGUCAACAAGCUUGAUCACUGUAGGCCUCAGAUUUGGUCCACUUCCUAAAACCAGAGUCAGUGUGUGUGGAAGGUUUAUAUCCAGAUCUCCACCAGGGCUUCGCAUCCGGGCUGUGCAAGAGAAUGGUGGACCACGUAGACUGGUAGACAUUAUUAGACUUGUGCCCGAGCUUUCAAGGAAUUACUUUAAAAGUCCUUCUCGCAGGACUUUGUUUGGUGGAAUCUCCUUGUUAGGUGGAUUUUAUGUUGCACAAACAAUUUCUCUGUCUUUUGGAGCUCUAGGAGUAAAUGAUGUUAUUGCUGCAGUGUUAUGUGUUCUUCUUACAGAAUAUGUGACUAAGUUCUAUUACAGCCGACCGAAAGUUACUUUCCCAGUUGCUCUUCUCAACAACUUUAAAAUGGGUUUUACCUAUGGACUCUUCAUUGAUGCCUUUAAGCUUGCCAGUUGAUCUUUAACAUCAAUGCAACUUCUCAAGAUUCCUUCUUAGGUGGUCACUCCAAAAUUGGUUUGGUUUGUUUAACCACCAUGCUUGUACAUGUCAAAACUGGUUAACAUCUAAAUGCAACUUUUCAAGAUACAUCCUUACCUGAUCACUCUCCGAAAUUGGUUUGGUUGCGUUUAAUCACCAAGCUUGUACAUGUUCUAGAACCAUCCUUGUAUGACUUGUAUAUCAACCGUAAUUCAUGUAAUC